UCUUCUUUUUUUUUUCUUUAGCCGGCCAUCAUUCUCUCUCUAGAUUACUCCCUGUGCCGCCGCCGCAUUUCUCUGUCCUUCUUCUUGGCCGGUAGCCGGCGGCCGUCACGGGACGGGGUGGGGCGACGCCGCUGCGGCACGGCCGCCGCAGGGGAUCUCACCUCCCCGCACCGCCCCACCCCGCGUCGCAUUUACUAGUGCUAGCUACCGCGGUCAAAGGCGGGUUAGGCAGGCCGCCGGCGAAUUAGGAGGCGGUGCUGCUGCGCUCCGCCUCCAUCCGCGCGCACGACUUGACGCUUGUUUAGCGUGGUGGAAUUCUUCUCCUCCCUCCCUAAUCUCUCUCUUUGUGUGUGUCUCUGUCUCUGUAUGUCUCGCAUGGUCUUGCAUGUUCGGCUCGCCUCUUGGAAAAACCGCGUCUUCUUCCUCCUCUGACUUGUCCUUCCGUCUGGUUCGUUUCACAUUUACUCUGUUGUUUUUUUUUCUUUUCCAACCGAAAGAAAAAGAAAAGAGGGAGAGAAAGAAACAAAAAGCUUGGCACUGGUGUUCAAUGAUGGUGUGUGUUCUGCCUUGGGCCCCCGCGUGUGAUUGUGAUUCGAGACGUUAUUUUUUCCUCCUUUUUUGAGCGAAGCAUGCCUGUUUUGCUACAAAAGAAAAGGUUAUGUUUUUUUUGGGGGGUAAGGGUGGAGAAGAGGAUGAGGAGCCCAGCACCAGCAUGGGGCAGCAUGGCCGCAUGGGGUGGAUUUGGACUCCCACAAGUCUCCAACGGACUUGAGUAGCCGUGGUGGUUGUAUGGCGCAAUCAUUUGCAGGAAUCCAAAUCAUUCGAUCGUGCUGCCAUGUACAGAGCGUGGCGGAGCUGAAGCAGGCGCUGCUGGCGACGACGCUGGAGCUGGAGGCGGCGAGGGAGGAGCUGAGGCGCAAGGAGCAGAGCAUCGCCAAGCUGGCCGGCCUGGUCCGCGAGGUGGCCAGGGAGCGCGACGACGCGCGGGACCAGCUGCAGAGCCUCCGCCUCCUGGCCGCGCAGGCGGCGGCGGCGGCGCCGCCGCUCGUCACGUCCAGCGUCACCGACUCCGACGGCAGCCUCGCCUCGUCCCCCGCCGACCCCUUCUUCGACCCCGUCACCUCCGCCGACCGGCGCUGCAAGCUCAGCCCCGCCACGCCCCCCGCGCCGCCGCCCAAGCCGGUGCAGCAGCGCCACUGCCAGCCCGGAGCCUGCGGCCGCGGGUCGGCGCCGGCGGCAGACGCCGUGCUCGAGACGCUCGCCAGCAAGCGGCCCCUUCCGCAGAGGGGCCGCCUGCUGGCCGCCGUCAUGGAGGCGGGGCCCCUGCUGCAGAAUCUGCUCGUCGCCGGGCAGCUACCGCGGUGGCGCAACCCGCCCACGGUUCGCGCCCCGGACACGACGCUGCCGCUAGGCGCCGCCACGCUGGCCUCCACCGCCUGCAUGAAGCGGCCGGUGGCGGCGGCGGCCAUGUCCGUGCUGCCCGCCGCCAGCUGCCCGCCGGCUUUCAUAGCCAAGCGGCAGAGGCUGCUGCACUGACAGCCCCUGGCCCACUCGGCAGUGACGGCGGGAUCGACCGCCGUUGAUGAUGAUGGUGAUGAGUGCAACGUUUCGACGAGAAAGCCAUGGUGGAGGUUUGGCUGCUAACUGCACAGUUGCGUUGCUAAGUAUAGUCAGUCAGGCGCUGAAUUACGAUAAUGUGAUCCAUGUGAAUAGUAGCAGGGUUCGUUUUAUCACACUUGCUCGUUUUCUUCUUCUUCUUCCUCCCCUAUUCUCUUCCAUUUUACAUUUUUGGGCGUGUCGGUGUGGUCUUUAAAGGCUGUGUUGAUAGCUUGACAUGAGAGUAUGAUUAGAGCCAGCAUUUCUUGCUUUGUGGUGAGGGUCUUGCAUUGGCUCAGCUGGUUUUCAUGCCCACAGCAGAUGUCUUGGCUUCGAGCCAGCAAAUUUUAUCCAUGUAUCUAUAUCCUCUACUGGAGAGCAUGUUCUUGAAAUGUUCUCUGCAAAUCAAUGUAUGCUAUAUACCACAGUA